AUGCGUAGAAGACAAGAGUCGCAAAUGGGAAGCGUGAACUCAUCCCCAAAUAAGGAGUUUGAAAUUGUGCCAGAUUCACAAAUUUCUGGGUUUGAUUCCCCUUUGAUACCGACCAGUGUAGGCAGUAACUUUCGCGAUGACGAUGACGAUGAGAAGAUGCAACCUAACUUUAUCAGCGAUACUGAAAACGACGAUUUGGAUAGUGAUGAAGAGUUUUCUAGUCUAGAACACAGCGAUUUAAAUCUUCCUAGUACCAAUGCGGAGUUUGAAGACGAUUAUGAUCCGAUCUUAAAGAGAACCAUCAUCUCCAAAAGGAAAGCUCCAGGCAAUGACGAAGGUGAAGAGAUUUUGAAGACGCCCAAGAGAUUAAUCAAUUACGUCCCUUUGAAAAAUUUCAAUCUAGGUGACAGUUUCGAUAACACGAUCACUACUAAAGUGGCAAAGUUACAAGACUUGAAAAAAGAAAUAUUGGAUUCACCUCGAAGGAAUACGAACAUAGUGAUAACUAGUAACACCGUAGCAAAGAGUGACUUACAGAAAAGCAUAAAGUUUGCCGGGUUUAUCCCGGAAAUUUAUCUGGAUUUAAUCACAAAGGAAACCAUAUCAGAUAAGUAUAAAGAUUGGUAUUUCAUCUCUGAAAACUGCCAUUAUGAGGAGUUGAUGGAUUUGGAAAUGAAAGAUAUGGACUAUUCAUUCUUUUUUGGUAGCACUAGUUUUCAAGGUAACGUUCCUGAAUUUGUUCGCUUGAAAUGUCCCGACAUCACGAACUUACUAGUCUUAUUUGGUGUCAACCAAGAAAAGUGCAACUCAUUAAAAAUCAAUUACGAGGAAAAGGAAAAUGCCAAGCACGAUAACUUAUGCACAAUUUUCCCCGCCAACAAAAUGCUCAAAUUUUUGAUGUAUUAUUAUAAUGAUGAUGAAAAUGCUAAGGAGGUCUUUCUAAGAGCUUUCAUAUGUUUAAUUUUGGAUAGAAAUGUUUUCAACGCCAUGGAAUCAGAUCACAGGGUGUGUUUUAAAGUUUUGGAAUUAUUUGAUGAGACCUAUUUCAUAAAUUUGUAUUUUGAAAUUGUGUCCAAAAACGAUUUUUUUUUACAUUAUAGGUUACUACAAAUCUUCCCCAACCUACAAAACGCAUUACUCAGAAGACGCUUUAAUGAAAAUCAAGGCCAAAUUGAAACUAUGCGGCAAAAUUUAAUCAAUGAAUUUAACGAAUUGUUUGACUGUAAAAACUAUAAAAAUCUACUAUAUUUUAUUUUAACGAUGUAUGGUUCGAGAUUUAUUCCUUUUGGUCCCAAAUCUCAAGUCACAGAAUACUUCAAAGACUGUAUAUUGGAUAUUUCUAAUGAAACGACAAAUGACGUUGAAAUUUCUAUUUUGAAGGGAAUAUUAAAUUUGUUUUCUAAAAUCAGGUGA